UCACCGUUGAAGUGUUUCUCCCACCAACCCCCAGCCACCAACCAACCCACCCAUCAUCAUAAGGGUCCAACCCUCGGCGCCUAUAAGGAAGCGACUCCUUCGCCGCUACUUUCGCACAAAGCGGGGCUGCCUGGACGAAGGAGUGGGUGGAGAACGCGCCGGCGAUGGGGAGCAUCGGGGAACAGGAGAGUGGCAAGAGCGGCCGGCGGAAGCCGCGGUUCCUGUGCCUUCACGGCUUCCGGACGAGCGGGGAGAUCAUGCGGGCGCAACUGGUGGCGAAGUGGCCGGAACAGGUCAUCUCCCGGCUCGACCUCGUCUUCCCCGACGCUCCCUUUCCCGCCGGCGGAAAGUCCGAGGUCGACGGCAUCUUCCCUCCCCCUUACUACGAGUGGUACCAGUACGAUAAGGACUUUAUGGUGUACACGAAUCUUGACAAGGCUUUUGCCCGGGUGGAGGAGCUGAUGAUCGAACAAGGGCCGUUCGAUGGUCUGAUGGGUUUCUCUCAGGGAGCGAUUCUUUCCGCCGCGCUUGCGAGUCUGCAAUCCAAGGGAUUGGCGUUGACGACGGUGCCGAAGCUGAAGUACUUGGUGUUCAUGGGAGGUGCGAUGUUUAAAGCACCGGAGGUGGUCGAGAGGGUCUACUCUGCCGCCAAGAUCGACUGCACCUCGCUUCACUUCAUAGGUGAGAAGGACUUCUUGAAGAAGAAUGGCGAGCAGCUACUGGGGAAGUUUGUCGAUCCGUAUCUCAUCCGACACCCGAGAGGCCACACCGUUCCCAGGCUCGAUGACGAGGAGAGCCUCAAGACGAUGCUCGAGUUCCUGCAGAAGAUUGAGGGUGAUUUAUGUGAAGAUGCAGCAGCAGUAGAUGAUGCUUGCAAGGAAGAGUGUUCAGCUUGAGUUGACUAGCUAUAAACUCUUUCCAUCAACUGUUUUGCAACGCCUCUUUUUGCCUUCAUUUUCCUGUUACAAAUGUAUUCGCAUAUGAUGCCAGUUAUAAGGCUUUGUAUUGAUUACUCCUCGCAACCUCAAACUCAA